AUUUCACUUUGCUUUCUCUUUUUUAAAAAGCAAUCGCACAGUAUUUUUGGACUCUGCCAUUGUUUAUAUUUGUACAUUUUAAAUCUCAAAGAUAUCUAGUCCCACCACUACUUGAAGUUAUUAAAUUUCGGUAUGUUAAAGUGAAAGUUUUAGACUUCAAGCAACCUUUGAGUUCCAAUUCAGUCUUAUAUUGCUUAUCGUAAGUAUAAGCACAUUUGCAAAAAGUGAACAAAUGUUUCCAUCCUGGCUCAGUCUGUUGCACUGGAAGCCACUGAAAAUGGAGGGACUGCGUCGAGCAGGCGACGGAAUAAAGCCGGUGGAUACCAUUGACUUGACCACAACUGAUGAGGAACGGCCAGUCGUGAGGCUCCUAUCCGAUAGCAACAAUGGCUACUACCUUUGUCCCAUUUGCAAGAGUCUUCUCGAUCAGCCGGUGACCACCACUUGCGGCCACAUCUUCUGCAAGGAAUGCCUGACCACCGCCUUGGAUCAAUUGCAUUACUGUCCGCUGUGCAAGAAGUUCGUAAUGGACUUCUUUCGCAUUUACAUCUAAUUCGGAAGUUCACUUGUGUUCACAUUAAAUAAUUAUAUUUCAAUCAUCAA